AUGAAGAUAGCAACUCAAAGCGCAGAAGCACUGUCUCACUUACACUCCUCAAUUUCCACACCAAUCAUACAUCGAGAUGUGAAAACGGCAAAUAUUCUGUUAGCUAAUGAUUACACGGCGAAAGUGUCAGAUUUCGGAGCUUCCCGUUUGGUUCAUUCAGGAACUGAUAUGCAAACUUUGGUGCUCGGGACAUUGGGAUACCUAGACCCUGAAUAUCUGCAAUCAAACCAGCUAACAGAAAAGAGUGACGUUUACAGCUUUGGAGUUGUCCUGGUGGAACUAAUAACAAGCAAAGUGCCACUUUCUAAAGAUAGAUGCUUAGCAAGCAUCUUUGUGGUUUCCAUGGAAGAAGAUUGGUUGGAUCAAAUUCUUGACGAUGAUAUAGUGAACGAUGGAAACAUUGAGACGGUAAAGAAAGUGGCCAAUCUCGCAAAGCGAUGCUUGAGGGUAAAAGGGGAGGAAAGGCCUACCAUGAAAGAAGUUGCGAAAGAGCUCGAGGAAAUAAUGAGUGUCACAGCAAAACAUCCGUGGGGACUUAAUGCUAGUCUCUGCGGAGAAGAGACUGAGUACUUGCUCGGGUCAUUCAAUUCAGACGGUUACGUCGUUGGUGUUGGAGAUGAUUGCAGUUCUAGUGGUCUAACCAGUGGUACGGCCAAUGCAUAUGACAGCAUGCAAAAACAACUGCAGUUGAUGCCAUAUGGUGGUGGACGUUAG